AGUUCCGUUUCCCUUCUAUUCCUCCUCUUCCUCGCAGGAGAAGCAGCAAGCAAUCCGGGCGAAUUGAUAGGGGAGACGAGGAGCAGCGAUGGCCGCCGCCGCUCGAGCCCGAUGGCGGCUCCUCGCGCUGCCCCUGGCGCUGCUCCUCGCGACCGGCUCGCCGCGCGGCCUCGACGCGGCGCCCAAGCCCCCCGUCCCCAAGGCCAUCUCCGACCUGAGGGAGGCGAUCGUGAAGGGGCUGGGGUUCCAGUCGGAGGAGCUCCAGGUGUCCGGGUUCGACGUGAGGGACGCGCUGGUGGGCCACGCGGUGGCGUACGAGUUCGACAUGGAGGUCGGGAGGAAGGUCGUGCCGGUGCGCCUGCUCGAGGACGUCAACCGCUGGGACUUCGUCGACCUGCCCAUCUUCCGGUCCCAGGCCGACGCCGACGACACGGCGCUCGCCGAGAUCGGACGGGGGAGCUUCGACCCCACACUGCCGCCCUUCCAGCUCGCCGGGCCCAUGGAGCUCUGGAUCCAGGACGGCGACGACGUCAGGCUCGCUUUGCCGCAUGAUGUGGAAGCUGGAACCCUGAAGAAAGUAGUUCUUGCUGAUGGUGCGGUGGUAACAGUGAAAGGUGCUAGGGCAGUGAGCCUCCGUUUGCCCCUCGAACUGCCGCUUCCUCUCAACCGCACCACAUACAAGGGGCGCCUGUCUAGCUUGCUUUCCAUUGCUCGAGCCCUACGCGGUGCAGCUCGGUCUAAUCAGAAACCUCUGAUGUCCCUCCGGAUCGAGGGCCCAACCUCCUUAUCCUCAACCCCUUCCAUGUCUCCGAAUGACAAGCUCAAGCUCAAAAGGUUGGCCCCAGGUCAAGUGGAGCUCUCCUCCCGUGCGAUCCCUGCUGCCACAGAUGAUGAGGAUGAAUCGCCUAGCCCCGGAUUGUGGCCCUUUUUGUCAUUGAAUGCAUCAGAUGGCAGCCUGCAGGGGCUUGAGGAACUACUGGCGAAGGUUCUCGGAAAGAAGGCGGGUGAGAAGGGCACGUUCAAGUUGGUGAAUGCACGGGCCUCGGCACAAACAUACGUCAAAAUGGGGUUCACGGUGGAGAAGCAGAUUGCUGAUGGAGAGGUGAACUGGUCUGACUUGCCUGAGUGGAGAACAAAGCCCAAGAAGUUGAGAGCACACUAUGAAGUUCUUGCUCGUGUGGAGCGUGGCCAGGCGAUCCCGGAAAGGAUCGCCCAGGUGCAGCCUUUCCAGGUUGACGAGGCCAUGUCCGAGAGCAUGCUCACCGGAAACGUGUCGAGAUCGAAGAUGGAGGUGGUAAACCCCCCACCGGUUUAUUUCACUUUGUGAGACGUGGAGGGGCUGGAAGCUUUUAUUUCCAGAGCUCGUACUUCUGAAGGAUGUAGCAAAAAGGACAUUGUUGCUGGAUGUGGCAAAAAGUACUGAUUUCUGCGUUAACAUGGAACUUGUAUGUUAUA